GUACGGUUCGAAAUGAGGAGGGAAAUUUAUGGGCAGAAAAAGCAGCCCGGUGAAGUCGAUUUACAGCGAGAGAGAGAAAGGGAGAGAGGGUAGGCCGGCGGCCCCCAUGGCCAACCUUUCCGGCCUCAUCCACGAGCUCCGGGAACGAAUCGCCGCCUCUUCGUCCGCCUCCCCCUCCCCCUCCGGCGAGGACCCCCUUGAGACCAAGUUCCGCACCGUCCUCCCCAACCUCCUCCACGCCUAUGUCCUCCCCUCCUCCACCGGCAACGAGAGAGAGGUCACCGCCGUCCUCAAGCUGCUCUCCCACACCGCCCGCAACUUCCCCGGCGUCUUCUUCCACGGCCGCGCCGCCGCCGUCCUCCCCGUUGUCGGCCGCAUCCUUCCCUUCCUUGCCGAACCCGCCUUCCGUUCUCGGCAUGAGGUUAUCUUCGAGACCGUCGCUUCCCUUCUCUCCCUUCUCCGCACCGGAGAGCGAGAAGCAUAUCGCCAGUUCUUCUUGGACGCGAUGGUAGCUGUUGAAGAUAUUCUUUAUAUUGCAUCGAUUAAUGCAAGCAAGUCAAAUGCGACGUCUUCUGGUAGAGUAUCACUCAAGUGUCUCUGUCACUCCUUCGCGGGAAUAUCUGAUUCCCCUGCUCUUUUUAGCGAGCUGCCGGCUUGUUGCCGACCGGCCGAUGGCCCAGGCGUGCUGGUUGAUCUGACUGAUAAGUCGAGGUGGCAACAUUUUGCCGCAUGGAUGAUUAAACUUGUUAGCAAAUGUCUGACUGAAGGAACACUCUAUGUGGAAGGGCUCAUCAAUAUAUCAUUUGUAUAUGCUGCCUGUACUCUAUUGUGCUACGGGAAUGCAGCUUUGCACAUGGCCUGUUUCGACUUUGCACGUAUUACAGCAACGGUAAUAGAUGCAGAAAUCUUACCGGUUGAAAAUAUCAUUCGUUCAAUAGCAUGCAUAUUAGGGCAAGAUGAGAAGGAACUUAUGUUGUUCAGAAACACAGUUUAUGACUCUUCUAUGGGUGCUUGCCUUCAUGUACUGCAUAUGUCUUGUCAGGAUGAUGUUGUUGAAUCCACAGCUAGUGAUGUAGUCAAUGUCUUUCCUAGAUCAGUCCAAAGCACUGAAAGCCCUGAACUUCAGGUAGCCAUGUGCAAUGCAUACAUGCGAAUUGCUAAAAUCUGCCCUCCACAUAUUUGGAGGCCAGGACUUCUUGUCAGCAUGCUUUGCUCUCCAAAACCUUGUUUUCCAUUGAUUGAAUGCAUACGAGUGGCUAUUGAUAUUCUUGGUUUCAAUGCUUCUGGAGUAGAUGAUCAUGGUAUAUAUAUGCCAUUGGAAAGUGGCGAAGAACUUGACAUGCCAAAAAUUGGGAAGAAGAGGUCGGCUCAAAAUAAUGACAAUAUUCAGUGUAAGCGUCACAAGACAGUGGAAAUGAGAAAAUUUCCUAUUGUUAGUAUGCAUAUAGAUGAUGAGUUUAGAGCUUCAUUAACAUUGAAACAAGACAAAGAAUUUGCAGAUGAGUUGCAGCAAUCACUGUUCUUGUUUGUUGGCCUUCUAAGACCUGGCAUUGCUGAUGCUUCUCCAUUGAAACCAGAUACUGCCAUAACAGCUCUUAGCUUGCUCUGCAUCGUAUUUUCGGCUUAUCCUAAUACCAGUUUGGCUGCUAGAAUUUUUCAGCUAGUGCUUUCUUGGAUACCUUGGAUAUGCAGCCAGGUAAAGGAAAUAAGGUUGCUCUCGUUUGAUUUGUCCAUCUAUCUAGAAGCAGUUCAUAGCAUACUGCUUCUUCAAGUUAUUCAAGGUGAUGAUUGCUUCAAUGAUGCAGACAUCAUAAAUUGUAUCCAUCUGAGAUAUGAAGAUCUUAUGGAUUUGCUGAAACUGGCAUGGGAUAAUCAUUCACUUGAAACUCAAGCUCAUCCUGUCUGGAAAGUAAAAUGUCUCUCCUUACAAGCUUUCUCCAAGUUCAGCAAUCAACUGAAUGCUGAAUGUGAUCUUGAAGUGUUGGACCUGGCUAUUCAUGAUGAAGCUGAGGAAGUUCGAAAUGAAGCUGUUGUCUCAAUGCCUGUGAUCAUCAUGUGCUCUGGUUGCUCUUUCCUGGGAGACAUGUUUAAACAAUUGGAGUCAUUGAGUAGAGACAAAAGUAAACAAGUUCGUAAAUCUGUCCUCUUUUCUCUUGGCUACAUGUCCUGUAUACAUGGCUCCUCUAAUGCUUCUGGUGAUCUUGAUGGAAGUACUUGCAAGUUGUUUCUAGGUGAUCACUAUGAAAGGCAGAUCAAGACAAUGGAUCUUCUUUUGAGAGGAUUCUGGUGUCCUCGAUGUGACACAGGAGUUAUAGGCAAUAAAGGGCAGUCUUUUAAUGCUAUACGCAUGCCUAAGGUGCAAAACUUAAGGCUUGAGAAUGACCUUACUUUCAUCAAACUGCAGUCCCUCUUUUUUCAAUUUCUUUACGAGGAACCAUUGGAAGAUUUUCAAGUUGCCUGUGUUCAAGUAUUACCACGAAUUCUUAGGCACGUAACUCAAGAUGUUCUGUUUGAAACAAGAUUUCAGUGGAUUGAGUGUAUCGAUCAUUUACUUUUGCACAAAGCAAAGGCUAUCAGGGAAGCAUUUUCUGCCGAAAUAAGUUGUUUCCUUGAAGAUCACAUUUUGGAGGCUUUAUUCAUAGAUGGCGAGGCAAGUGAAAGGACCAAAGAACAAAAAUUCUUGGACAAAGUAAAAUAUGCUUUGGCAAGAACGGAAGAUCCCCAGGUCUUGGUGACUCUUCUGGAAUCGACUGCUGAAAUUAUGAAUGCUAGUGACGUUCAUGGGCAGCUUUUCUACUCGCUUAUUUUAUUUGUUGAUCAACUUGAUAAUCAAAAUCAGAUAGUAAGACUGACCGCAUCAAGGUUGAUGCAGAGAUCCUGCCACUUACAUCUGAAUGGAGGGUUUGAACUAGUCCUUUCAAAGUUUUUUCAUAUCCGAGAUGAGUUAUAUGAUUAUCUCUCUGCAAGACUGGUUGGUCGCCCAACCAUGAUUAGAGAAUUUGCAGAGGCUGUUGGAAUUAAGACUGAGGAACUUAUAAGGAGAAUGGUUCCUUUUGUCAUACCAAAGCUCGUGGUCUCACACAGGGAUAAUGAUCAAGCACUCAUCACUUUGCAUGAAUUGGCAAACCACUUGGACACAGAUGUAGUACCAUUGAUUGUCAACUGGUUACCAAAAGUGCUUGCCUUUACUCUUCUUCGUGCAGAUGGGCAGGAGCUAUCCUGUGUUUUGCAAUUUUAUCAUGUCCAAACAGGAUCUGACAGCAAAGAAAUAUUUGCCGCUGCCUUACCAGCACUCCUAGAUGAACUAUUAUGCUUUCCUGUGGAAGGGGAUAUGGAUGAGAUGGACAAGAGGACCAUCAGGGUUCCUACGAUGAUCCAAGAGGUAGCUAAAAUCUUGACAGGUUCUGAUGACCUUCCAGAGUUUCUGAAGAAUCAUUUUGUUGGUCUUCUUAAUAGCAUUGAUAGGAAAAUGCUUCAUGCUGAUGAUGUCUGGUUGCAAAAACAGGCCUUGAGGCGUAUCGAAAAGUUGAUCGAGAUGAUGGGUCCAUAUCUUAGUACACAUGUGCCCAAAAUUAUGGUUCUUCUAAUAUAUGCCAUUGAUAAAGAAGCACUUCAAACCGAGGGUCUUACGGUGUUACAUUUUUUUAUCAAGCAGCUAGCUAAGCUUUCACCCUGCAGCAUUAAACAUGUGAUCUCGCAAGUUGUAGCUGCUUUUAUUCCAUGCCUGGAGCGAUGCAAAGAAAUCCCUUCUGUACAUUUACAUAAAAUUGUUGAAUGUUUGGAAGAUCUUAUUGUUGAAAAUAGGUUGAUACUAAAGCAACACAUUCGUGAGCUCCCGCUGUUGCCUAGCAUUCCAGCUUUAUCAGAAGUAAACAAAGUCCUACAAGAGGCAAGGGGAUCGAUGACCUUGCAGGAGCAAUUGCAAGAUGCUGUUGAUGGUCUUAACCAUGAGAGUUUAAAUGUAAGGUAUGUGGUGGCCUGUGAAUUAAGCAAAGUGUUGAAUGUAAGAAGAGAAGAUGUUACUGCUCUGAUAGCUGGUGAAGCCAUUUCAUAUCUGGAUGUCAUAAGUUCUUUAAUAACAUCCUUACUAAGAGGAUGUGCAGAGGAAUCAAGGACUGCAGUUGGUCAACGGUUGAAAUUAGUCUGUGCAGAUUGCUUGGGAGCACUUGGUGCUGUAGACCCUGCUAAGUUUAAGGGAAUUUCCUGCCAGCGUUUUAAAAUUGAGUGCUCAGAUGAUGAUCUCAUCUUUGAGUUGAUCCACAAGCAUCUAGCAAGGGCAUUUAGAGCUGCUUCUGAUACCGUAGUUCAAGAUUCAGCUGCCUUAGCUAUACAGGAGCUUCUGAAGCUGGCAGGUUGCCAGGCAUCACUUAAUGAAAAUAUUAGCAAGAAAACUACAAAAAUAAUUGAGGAUGGAAGUAUUGGCAAUCCCAGCGAGAUGAACAAGAGGGGUCAGAAAAUAUGGGACCGUUUUUCUAAUUAUGUCAAAGAAAUUAUUGCACCAUGUUUGACCUCACGAUUUCAGCUUCCUAAUGUGACUGAUUCAGCAUCUGUUGGCCCCAUUUAUCGCCCAUCAAUGUCCUUUAGAAGGUGGAUAUUCUUUUGGAUUAGGAAGCUGACUGCACAUGCAACUGGUUCCCGUGCCAGUAUUUUCAGUGCAUGCAGGGGGAUAGUACGCCAUGACAUGCAAACAGCCACUUAUUUGCUGCCUUAUCUAGUCUUGAAUGCUGUGUGUCAUGGUACUGUGGAGGCACGCCACAGCAUAACUGCUGAGAUCUUAUCUGUUCUCAAUGCUGCAGCAUCAGAAAAUAGUGGAGCUACUGUUCAUGGAACUACCGGGGGGCAGAAUGAAGUCUGUGUCCAGGCUGUCUUUACGCUACUUGAUAAUCUUGGGCAAUGGGUUGAUGAUCUUAAGCAGGACAUUGCACUUUCCCAGUCAUUUCACACUGCAGUCUCAAAACAACCACCUAGAGUGAAAGGAGAGAAUGAGUCAAUGCCUGAUGCAGAUCAGCUCCUUGUCCAAUGCAGUAAUGUUACCGAGCUGUUAUCUGCCAUUCCUAAAGUUACUCUCGCUAAGGCAUCAAUCCGAUGUCAAGCUCAUGCUCGUGCUUUGAUGUACUUUGAGUCACAUGUGCGGGAAAAGUCAGGUUCCUUCAAUCCAGCCGCUGAGAGCAGCGGUAUCUUUGCAGAUGAUGAUAUUUCAUUUUUGAUGGAGAUAUACAGUGGUUUAGAUGAGCCUGAUGGCAUUUCUGGUUUGGUAAAUCUGCGGAAAUCAUCUAGCUUGCAAGACCACCUCCUCAUUAAUGAAAAGGCAGGAAAUUGGGCAGAAGUGUUAGCAUAUUGUGAACAGGCUUUGCAGAUGGAGCCUUCUUCUGUCCAGAGACAUUCAGAUGUUCUCAACUGCCUGCUAAACAUGUGCCACCUUCAGGCCAUGGUAACUCAUGUGGAUGGUUUGAUUCGUAGAAUACCUCACUACAAGAAGACAUGGUGCAUGCAGGGUGUACAGGCAGCUUGGAGGUUAGGGAAAUGGGAUUUGAUGGAUGAGUACCUUUCUGGUUCAGAUAAAGAAGGUCUAGUAUGUAAUAAAUAUGAGAGCAAUGCUUCAUUCGACAUGGGCCUUGCCAAGAUUAUCCAGGCAAUGAUGAAGAAAGACCAGUUCAUGGUUGCUGAGAGAAUUGCCCAGUCUAAACAAGCAUUAAUUGUCCCUCUAGCGGCAGCUGGUAUGGAUUCUUACAUGCGUGCAUACCCAUAUGUUGUGAAACUACACAUGUUACGUGAACUGGAGGAUUUUCACAAUCUUCUUGGGGAUGAAUCGUUUCUUGAAAAAUCAUUCAGAUCAGAUGAUCCAAGAUUUUUGAAAGUGAUAAAGGACUGGGAAAAUCGUCUUAGGUUUACGCAACCAUCACUAUGGGCAAGGGAGCCACUCCUUGCUCUCCGCAGGUUAGUUUUCAGUGCCAGCAAUAUGGGUGCUCAAGUGGGAAACUGCUGGCUUCAAUAUGCUAAACUUUGUCGUUCCGCUGGUCAUUAUGAGACUGCCCAGCGGGCAAUACUAGAAGCACAUGCUUCAGGUGCUCCAAGUGUGCAUAUGGAGAAGGCUAAAUUUUUGUGGAGUACUAGAAAAUCUGAUUGUGCUAUAGCUGAACUGCAGCAAUCACUUCUAGACAUGCCCGUGGAGGUUCUAGGCUCUGCUGUGAUCUCUUCGCUUUCUAACCUUUCCCUUGUUUUGCCAAAUCCACCUUCUCUUUGUGCCACACAAGCAUCAAAGGAGAACCAAGAUGUGGCUAAAUCCAUUCUCUUAUAUACAAGAUGGAUCCACUACACAGGUCAAAAGCAGAAGGAAGACAUUAUGACUCUUUACUCCAGAGUGAGAGAAUUGCAGCCCAAGUGGGAAAAGGGAUAUUUUUUCACGGCAAAAUAUUGUGAUGAUCUACUUGUUGAUGCCAGGAAGCGGCAGGAAGAUAAUCUUGCAAUGCAGUCUUCUUCUGGUGCUGGUGGCUCUUUAAAUUCUUUGGCUGAAGAUAAGCCCUGGUGGUCUUACCUUCCUGAUGUGUUACUAUUCUAUGCAAAAGGACUUCACAAAGGGCACAAGAAUCUUUAUCAAGCACUACCAAGACUAUUGACACUUUGGUUUGAAUUUGGAAGCAUAUAUCACAGAGAUGAGUCCUCAUCCAACAAACCUAUGAAAACUGUUCAUGCAAGGGUUUUGAGCAUUAUGAGGGGAUGCCUGAAGGAUCUGCCGACAUAUCAAUGGCUAACAGUACUAUCCCAGUUGAUCUCCCGCAUCUGCCAUCAGAAUGAAGAAGUUGUUAGGAUUGUCAAACAUGUCAUUACAUCAGUUUUACAAGAAUACCCACAACAAGCCCUCUGGAUGAUGGCUGCAGUAUCAAAGUCAACAGUUGCUGCAAGGCGUGAUGCUGCUGCAGAGAUAAUACAAGCUGCACGUAAAAGAUCCCGGCGUGGGAGUGAUAACAGCAUCCUGUUUGUUCAAUUUGCUAGCCUGAUAGAUCACCUCAUUAGGCUGUGCUUUCAUCCAGGGCAGCCGAAGGCAAGGACAAUUAAUAUCUCAACUGAGUUCAGUGCCUUAAAGCGUAUGAUGCCACUAGGGAUUGUACUGCCAGUCCAGCAAGCUCUGACAGUCACAUUACCCUCGUAUGACGCAAGUCUAACAGACCCUUCUGGUUUUCAUGUCUUUUCAGCUUCUGAUCAUGCUACAAUAUCUGGAAUAGCAGAUGAGGCUGAAAUCCUUUCCUCUCUGCAGCGACCAAAGAAGGUUGUUUUCCUUGGAAGUGAUGGUGUGCGUCGUCCAUUUCUCUGCAAGCCAAAGGAUGACCUCAGGAAAGAUGCCCGAAUGAUGGAGUUCACUGCCAUGAUCAACCGUCUGUUAUCUAAGUUCCCUGAGAGCCGCAGAAGGAAGCUCUACAUCCGGACCUUUGCUGUGAUCCCCCUCACUGAGGAUUGCGGGAUGGUAGAGUGGGUGCCACACACUCGUGGCCUUCGCCACAUUCUUCAGGACAUAUAUAUAACCUGUGGAAAGUUUGACCGGCAGAAAACAAAUCCAUUGAUUAAAAGGAUCUAUGAUCAGUGCCAGGGAAAGAUGCCUGAAGAUGAGAUGCUGAAGGCAAAAAUCCUCCCAAUGUUCCCCCCUGUUUUCCAUAGAUGGUUCUUGACCACAUUCUCUGAGCCAGCUGCUUGGUUUCGGGCUAGAGUGGCUUAUGCGCACACAACUGCUGUGUGGUCCAUGGUUGGGCACAUUGUAGGGCUUGGUGACAGGCAUGGCGAGAACAUUCUCUUUGAUUCAACUAGCGGUGACUGUGUUCAUGUUGAUUUCAGCUGCUUAUUUGAUAAAGGCCUGCUCCUAGAUAAGCCUGAGUUGGUGCCUUUCAGACUAACCCAAAACAUGAUUGAUGGCCUAGGCAUUACUGGCUAUGAGGGCAUUUUUUUGAAAGUCUGUGAGAUCACCCUUUUGGUGCUGAGAACGCAUAGGGAGACUCUGAUGAGUGUUCUUGAAACUUUCAUCCAUGACCCAUUGGUGGAGUGGACCAAAUCUCACAAGUCCAGCGGAGUAGAAGUACAGAAUCCUCAUGCACAGAGGGCCAUCAGCAACAUCAAAGCUCGACUACAGGGAGUUGUGGUUGGUGUGGCAGCAGCACCAUCUUUACCCUUAGCCGUGGAAGGACAGGCCCGACGAUUGAUAGCUGAAGCUAUUUCACACAAAAAUCUUGGCAAGAUGUAUAUAUGGUGGAUGGCUUGGUUUUGAAUUUCUUCCUUAUGCUUCAGCAAUCUAUCAUCCUUGCAUUUUGGUUGCUUUAUAUUAUGUACACUUCCUCUCUUUGGUGAAUCUGUGAGAGGAUGUAUAGAAGCGCAUCCCAACCAUCCACAGGCAUUUUGGCUUUCACCAUGUGGAUGAUCGCGUUGGAGGUUAUUGUUAGCCAUUCAAUUUUUGUUUCAAAGUGUCAACAUUCAACUACUAUGCUCGAUUCAGGUAGCAGUGCGUGGCGUCGGUUCCUCCAUAAAAAAUGAAGAAUGGAAAGGCAAUCAGGGAUUGAAACCUCCUAAGCACCACUUUUUUGGUCCCCAAAAUCACCUUAUCAUGUUUGUGUCGCAUCAAAUAUGCGUAUUGCACAAAAUACCCAGUUUAGUGCUUGUUCGGGAGCCGUAGCUUAUGCCUUAGCUUUACUACUGCUACUACUACUACUACUAACAAAAUGGUGAGAAAGGCUACCAUGCUUUCAUUAGAAAUUUUACACUUCAAAUUGUACAAGAUGUUACUCUCUUUAAAAUAUACUAUUUAUCAACCUAUGAAAGAAAACAUAUGUUUUUAGAA